AUGUUAAACAUUUUUUUAGUUUUUUUACUUUUAAUUUAUUCCAUAUUUUCUUUUGAAAAUUAUGAUAAUAAAAAAUUAAUAUUUACAGAUAAAGAAAAUGGAAAUUUUUAUAAUUUAAAACCAAUCUUAAAUAUACCAUUUCAAAGCAAAUUUCAAUACACUUCAAAUUUUACCCUUGAUUUGUCUUUUAGUUGGUCCAUUGGUGAAGAGGGAAAUAACUAUUGCAAAGAGAAAAUGAAUAAUGAAGAAAAUGCAAAAAAACUUAACCCAUCUGCAUGUUUUAUUAAAGAAGAUAAUUAUGUAAUAAUGCUAGCUGCAAAACCUAAUGAACUAGCUUUAGAAAGAUUAAGAUAUGGAGUUGGCCUAGUUGCAAGAUUUAAAAACGAUUUAAAAAUGUCUACAUGUAAAACCGCAGAAAACCAUGAUGUUAUAAUAGAAAUAGAAUGUGAUUCAAAUAAAAACAUGACCUUUUUAGGAUGUAAAUUUCAAAACGAAGAUAUUAGAUGUCCAGGAAUUACAUGUAGUUAUAAAUCUAAUUAUGGUUGCCCCACUAUACACUAUCAAGAAAUAGAAAGUAAAAGUUUUUAUGAAAAAGGUGUAUUAUUUACGGAUAAAAUAUAUAGAAUCUCAAACUUUAUGUAUGAGAUAAAACAAUUUAAUGUCACUACCGAUUUUCAUCUUAAGGAUCCUUCAAAAGGAAUUAUUGGUUUCAACACAAUAGCCACCGGAUUAUAUCGUUAUGAUAUUUUAAUCAGCAAAGAUUAUUAUAAAGAAAUUCAAUUUACCAUGGUUGGUGAUUCAAAACCAACUUUGUUUUUUAAUUAUUAA